ACAAGGCGCUCGCAGCUAGCCCGGCGCUGCCUGGCAGUGGGAACAAGGGAGAGAGAGAGAGAGAAACACAUACGCAGACGCACAGUCGCGCCGCGGCGACCGGCCGGCGACGGGGGUCUAUGCGGCUGCCCGGCGCGGCUUUCCAGUGCUGGCUGCCGGAUCGAGCCCCCUUCUCCAGCCACCGCCCCCCGCCUCCCCGCCAGCUCACCUUUGAAGCCCCGGCGGCGGGUCCGUCCGGCCAUGAGCACCAGAUGGAGCGUGCUGGGAGCCCGUUGGUGGCUGGGGUGCUGAGUGCCCCCGAGGUACCUUGAGGAGGAGUUGCAGCAGCAGCAGCAGCGCGGAGCAGGCUCCAGCUGGGACAUCCCCCGCCUCUUCCCCCCCUCCACCCCUGGUCGCCGGGUCCUGUCCCGUCCUCACUGCGAUCCUCUCUCCUGCCAAGGGAUGGCUUUAUGGCAGCGGCUGAGAGCCCGUGCCCGCAUGGGCACGGGGCUAUGGCAUGUACUGCUGGCUGGCACGAUCCUCACUAGCCACAUUCAUCCCAUUGGUGCCCAGCAGAGUGCCACUGUGCCCAUCCCUGUGCCUGGCUCCGCCUCUGACUUGCUCCCUCACUUCCUGCUGGAACCAGAAGAUGUUUACAUUGUCAAGAACAAACCGGUGACCCUGGCCUGCAAGGCCACACCUGCCACCCAGAUCUACUUCAAGUGCAAUGGCGAGUGGGUGCACCAGGGUGACCACAUCAUACAACGCAGCAUGAACAAAACCACAGGCCUGCCCCUCAUGGAAGUGCAGAUUGAUAUCUCGCGGCAGCAGGUGGAGAAGAUCUUUGGUUUGGAAGAGUACUGGUGCCAGUGCGUAGCCUGGAGCACGUCCGGCACCACCAAGAGCCAGAAGGCCUACGUGCGCAUUGCUUAUCUGCGGAAGAAUUUUGAGCAGGAGCCAGUGGCCAAAGAGGUCUCUAUUGAGCAGGGAAUUGUGUUGCCUUGCCACCCUCCAGAGGGGAUCCCACCAGCGGAAGUCGAGUGGCUGCGCAACGAAGACCUCGUGGACCCAGCACUGGACCCCAAUUUCUACAUCACACUGGAGCACAGCCUGGUGGUGAAGCAGGCCCGCCUGGCUGACACGGGCAACUAUACCUGUGUGGCCAAGAACAUUGUGGCCCGCCGUCGCAGCUCGCCUGCUGCUGUCACUGUCUAUGUGAAUGGCGGCUGGUCGACGUGGACGGACUGGUCAGCCUGUAGCACCAGCUGUGGACGGGGCUGGCAGAAGCGGAGCCGGAGCUGCACCAACCCAACGCCACUCAACGGGGGGGCCUUCUGUGAGGGCCAGAAUGUGCAGAAAAGUUCUUGCGCCACCCUGUGCCCAGUGCCUGGCGGUUGGUCAGCAUGGAGCUUGUGGUCAGUGUGCGGUGCAGACUGUACACACUGGCGAAGCCGUGAAUGCUCGGAUCCAGCACCCCGGAAUGGUGGGGAUGAGUGCCAAGGGCCUGAACUGGAGACCCGCAACUGCACCAGUGAACUGUGCGCUCAUGGAACAGGUAGCUCUGAGGAUGUGGCUCUGUAUGUGGGCCUGGUCGCUGUGGCUGUGUGCCUGGUGCUGCUACUCCUAGUGGUAACCCUUAUCUACUGCCGCAAGAAGGAAGGUCUGGAUUCUGAUGUGGCUGAUUCUUCUAUUCUCACUGCAGGCUUCCAGCCGGUCAGCAUCAAGCCAACCAAAGCCGAUAACUCCCACUUACUUACUAUCCAGCCUGACCUGAGCACCACCACCAUGACCUACCAGGGCUCACUGUGCCCACGCCAGGAUGGACCCAGCAAAUUCCAGAUUGGCAAUGGGCACCUGCUGAGCCCCCUGGGCAGUGGGCGCCACACCCUGCACCAUAGUUCACCCAGUGCCGAUCCUGUGGACUUUGUCUCUCGGUUCUCUACCCAGAGUUUCUUCCGCUCCUUGCCCAGGAGUGGUGCCAACAUGGCUUAUGGAACCUUCAACUUCCUGGGUGGACGAUUAAUGAUACCCAACACAGGUGUCAGCUUGCUCAUCCCACCUGAUGCCAUCCCACGAGGGAAGAUCUAUGAAAUCUAUCUGACGCUGCACAAGCAGGAAGAUGUGAGGCUGCCCCUGGCUGGCUGUCAGACCCUGCUGAGCCCCAUUGUCAGCUGUGGUCCUCCAGGAGUGCUGCUCACCAGACCUGUCAUCCUAGCCAUGGACCACUGUGUGGAGCCAAACCCUGAGACCUGGAGUCUCCACCUCAAGAAGCAAUCGUGUGAGGGCACAUGGGAGGAUGUGCUGCACCUGGGUGAACCAGUACCCUCGGAACUUUAUCACUGCCAGCUGGAACCCCAGGCUUGCUACAUCUUCACUGAACAACUGGGCCGCUUUGCUUUGGUGGGGGAAUCGCUCAGCAUGGCUGCUUCAAAGCGCCUCAAACUGGUCCUCUUCGCACCCACCACUUGUACUGGGUUGGAAUAUGAUGUCCGUGUGUAUUGCCUCAGUGACACCCGUGAUGCACUCAAGGAAGUCGUGCAAGUAGAGAAGCAGAUGGGGGGACAGCUAAUUGGUGCACCACGGAUCCUGCACUUCAAGGACAGUUACCACAAUCUGCGUCUCUCCAUCCAUGAUGUGCCCAGCUCACUGUGGAAGAGCAAACUUCUUGUCAGCUAUCAGGAGAUUCCCUUCUAUCACCUUUGGAGUGGGCUUCAGCCUUACCUACACUGCACCUUCACAUUGGAGCGACUCAGCACAAGCACUUGCCAGUUGGCUUGCAAAAUAUGGAUCUGGCAGGUGGAGGGCGAUGGGCAGAGCUUCAAUAUCGACUUCAACAUUGCCAAGGAUGCACGGUUCUCGGAUUGGCUGCCCCCAGACAACGAGGCUGGCUCCCCUGCCCUUGUGGGCCCCAGUGCCUUCAAAAUCCCCUUCCUCAUCCGUCAGAAGAUUAUAAGCAGCUUGGAUGCACCAGGGGCUCGUGGGGCUGACUGGAGAGCACUAGCCCAGAAGCUGCACCUCGACAGCCAUCUCAGCUUCUUUGCUUCGAAACCCAGCCCAACAGCCAUGAUCUUGAACUUAUGGGAAGCAUGUCACUUCCCCAACGGGAACCUCAACCAGCUGGCUGCUGCUGUGGCUGAAGUGGGCAAGCAGGACAGCUCCCUCUUCAUGGUUUCAGAGGCUGAGUGCUAAGGUGCUUGGUGGGGGCAGCACAGGCCUUUGCUGGGGGAUGACAGGGGCCAUCUCCAUUUGAAGGAGGUAAUGUUCCCACGUGUCCUGCUUUGAAUAUGCCUGUGUGCCCCAUCUGAGGCAUACUGGCCUCAUGCCCUCUGUUCUUUGUGCCAAAUACAACCAGAAGGUUAGCACACUGGGCUCAGUCUCUAGUAGCCAUGGGGUUAAAAAAAAACUACUGAAUGCCUGUCCUGCUGCUGCCAUGGAAGCUCUGGGACUGGCCAAGGGAAGCCUGUCCCAUCUAUUGGAGUAGGCUGGCAAUGAAUUCUGUUACUCUGCUAUCAGGGUUGAUCAUGUACGCAGGGCCCUCUUCUUCCCUAGCAUGGGAAGAGAGAUGGCUGGCUUAGCACUCAUUGUGAGUGACCAGGACAAAAAGAUAAGCUUGGUCCUGGAGCUGAGAUGUCUGUAUCUCUCCCACUGUAGCCCCCAGGAAGCUCCAUGCUGAGAUAAAGUAGUGGAGGAUAGUACAAGUUGUUUCCAGAGCCAUCUCUGUAUAUUUUUGCUCCAGCCCAAGAGAUACCCAUGACUCUGUGAUAGAGGGCAGCCCAGGGGUUGGUGGUUUGCUGACACUGGGAGCCCCAAGGUGACAAGGGAGGGAGAGGAGAUGCAGGUAGAGGGCAGCCCAGGGAUGUGGGCUAUGCUGUACUGGAUGAUGGGAUCUGUGCCUCCUUAGUCCUUGCCCAGUGUAUAUGCAAAGGGAAUUGUGCGUGUGCGUGGCAGUCCAAUCUGUGCAGUGAAGUGUGCUGGACCAGGCGAGUCCAUGCCGUAUUGUGUAAAGAUCGUUUUUUAUUCUGUAUUCAAGUGCAUUCAAGUAUUUACACUUGGCCUUAUGUACAUAUAAACAUCCCGCACAGGGUUUUAGCGGGCAUGAAUGUAAAUAAAUAAUAUAUAUAUAUUGCUACA